CCGCCUUGAGGGUUUUGGUUUUCACUGUGAGUACACUGGGAACCACUGGAGGUCUUUGUGCAGAGCAUCACUUGCUCUGACUUAGGGAUUAGCAGGUUCAUCUGGCUGUGGGCAGGAGAGAGGCUGUAGAGAGGUGAAUGCAGAAAGGUAGGGAGACCACUGAGGGGACCACUGUUAUCAUUCUGGGGAGAGACCAUGGGGGGCUUGUACCCAUGGCAGAAAAGUUUUGAAAAAUAUCAGAUUUUCAGAUUUGGGAUAUAUUUGAAGGUAGGGGACAAUAGAAUUUGGAAUUUGAGAGAAAGGAGGAGUCUAAGGUGGCUGGAAGAUUUGGGGGCUGAGCAUAGACUGAAAUAGGGUUUCCCUGGAAACACAAUACUGGAGACCCAGGUUAAAUCCCUGGGUCAGGAAGAUCCCCUGGAGAAGGGAAUGGCUACCUACUCCAGUAUCCUUACCUGGAGAAUUCCAUGGACAGAGGAGCCUGGCAGGCUAUAGUUCAUGGGGUCGCAAAGAGUCAGUCAGACACGACUGAGUGACUAACACUUUCUUUUCUUUUUCAUAGACUGAAAUGGGACCUGUUUAGGGGGAAGAUCUGGAGUUUGGUUCUGUGCUUGUGAAGUUUGAGAUGCCCAUUGGACAUACCAUAAGGCAGCUGGAAAAACUUAGUGGGGAGCUGGAAAUGAAAUUUAGAGCAUCAUCACCAGAUACCUGGUAUUUAAAGCCACAAGCUCACUUAGGGAGAGAGUCAUUCAGAGAAAAAAGGUCCCACCAGGGAGUUCUUUGGCUCACAGCUUCAGGAAUUAGCCAAGGAGAAAAAAGAACAGCCAAUGAGAUGGGAGGAGAAAUCAGAGAGUGGGGGUUUUCUGGAGGGAACACAGAAGAUGCUUGAGGGAGAAGAGAGGGAGUGAUGAUGACGAAUGCCUUUGGCAGAGCCAGCAUUUGACCGUUGAGAAUCCAGCAACCUGGAGGUCACCGGUGACCAUGGCAAAAGCAGCUGGAGGCCAAAGGGGACAGGAGGGGAGAACUUGAGGAGAGCGGUACAGACAGCAGCUCAGGAGUCCUGCUGUGAAGAGGGGUGCAGAGAAACGGGGUUAGGUGGAGAAAUUACACUAUGUGAAUGUGCUGCUGAGAACAGCUCUCCUGGUGAGAAGCUUGGUGAAGGGGACAAGAAUGGGGCAUGCUGCAGUAAGUGAGGGGGCCAUAGGUCCAGUGUCCCAGGGGAGGCGUGGCCCCUGAUGAGAGCUGGAUAGCUCAGAAGUUGAACUUCUGGGGCCUCCCUCUCUUUCCUAUCUGCAGCUGUCCAGCAGGCUGAGAUUUCAGCACUUAGUCAAAUCAAAUGGCUCAGGGCUCCAGAGAAACCAGACUGGCUGUGUCUCAGGAAGGAAAGAGGGGUCAGGGCUUGCCCUCGGCUUGAGGAUAAGAGGAGGCCCCAUGUGGGUUGCCCCUUCCAUUUGACCCUCUGUUUCAGCAAGGAAGGGCCCCUUUCUUUGCAGAGACCGUACCUUCCUCGAGAAAAGACUAUAAUGACCUCAAAGUUGCAGUAAUUGAAGUGGAGAAGAAGAGGUAAUGGAGAGAGGCUGAUUGAUUUAGUCUGAAGAAGGGAAGUCUGGGCAGGGAAUAAAGGGGCAAGAGGUAGGAUUUUAGGGACAGUUUUUAUGAAAUAGGUGUUGAGAGGACAUCUGUUUUCUAUCGUUCACAGUUUAAACUGAAGCAGGAAAAACUGUGGUUAGACAUGAUGAGGAACCUCCUGUACUGGUUAGUGAAGACAGCAAUGGGCCAGGUCUUUUGCCCUGGAUGUUUAGGAUGAGAAAGGACAAUGCCUUCUUAGACACAGAGUGCUGGCAAGAUUGAUUCUUGGAGAUUCUCCCAGCUCUGAGGUUUCUGGAAGAAGGCUAGGACAGAGAUGGGGCUUUCCAGCUCUUGGUGGGAGGAUAGACUGCCAAACCUUCUGGCUAUGGCCUGCCUCCUUCUCCGGGUACCCUGACCUCACAAGUCUGAUAUGCGUGCCUCAAGCAUCUGUUGGCUGACCCAGACUUGGAGUGCUUGCGGAGGGCCCCGGCUUAGCUGUAGCUCGUCCUCUUGUGGGUUGAGCGUAUUUGUGGGUGUGUCGAAGAUCAUUAGGCUUGGUGGAGUCUCUCUGUGCAGGGCAUGGCGGAGGCUGAAGGCUUUGUGCCGGAACUGCUGAGAAUUACGUAAUUCUUCACAUCUGCUUAGCCAACUCUGGCCUCUGCCCAUCUUGUAGGGGGUUUCCCCAGGAAAGACAUGGAGUCUAUGGACAAAUCAAGACCUGCUAAUCCUGUGCCACUUAAGGCCCACCUGCAGAGGACUUGGCCAUGCCUACUCUAAGCCAUGGACUGAGGAGCCUGGAGGGCUACAAUCUAUAGGGUCACAAAGAGUGGGACAUGAUUGAAGUGACUGAGCAUGCACUCUAAGCCUAAUGAUCUUUGGGGGUUGGGGGUUGAGUGAUCCAGAUUCUCCCGAUGCAGAGGAAAGAGCUGCUAUUCGUCCUUAGGCCUCCUCUGGUUGAGAGGGGCAGGCAAUGUCCUAUCUCAUCUGAACUCUUCAGCUUCUUUAAUUCCGGACUGCACAUGUGUCUUCUAGGCACUGGGUCCGAGGUGAAGUGCUGACCCCAUUUCUGGGCUGUUUCCGGAGGACCUGGGCAGGCGUGGUGAUGGAGCUGGUGUUUUCACAGCCGAGAACCACUCCAGUGUCAAGCCCAGAGCUUGUCCUACCCCAUCUUGUUCUCUCCUCUUCCCGCUCCCCACUUUUGCCCUCUGGAUGCCUCUGCUUGGCACUGGGCGCUGGGAGGAGGCCUGCUUGGCCGGAGAGAACUGUGUUCAUUUCUGGUUUAGAGUGGCCUCCGCACUGGGGAGUCACAGCUCCUGAGGCUGCCAGACACGUGGGCCACCUGGCUGCCUCAGUUUCCUCGUCUGGCCAGCACAGGAAUUCCAGCCUACAUGUUGGCAGGAUUCUGAGCCGAGAUCUCUCCUUUCCCUUCCUUUGGCUGGCAUAUGAGGACGGGUACAGAAUGUUCCAGCCCCACCCCUUCCCUCAGUGGGUUUUUGAUUCAUGAACAUUCCCACUGUACUUCCCCGUGGCCCAGCUCCAUGCCAGGCUUAGAGAUGCCAGGAUGAGUAAAACCCAGGCUUCCGCUUGGGCCAAGAAGGGAGUUGGGCACAUAAAGAACCAAUAGGGAAAAGGCAGACUUUCCAAGCCCCUUGGCAUCUGCUCCUUUGAGUCUCCUGGAAGGUCCCUGUUUUGUAGACAGACGCUGGAGUUCCUCUUCGGUUCCUAUGCCUACGUCCUUUCAGUUUCACUUUCUGUGGGCACUGCACCAGCCCACAUCCCUGGGCUCCGUGACCAUCACAGAAGGGAACCUGCUGAGAGAUUUUCUCUGCCACAUGGGGACCCUGCCAGAGCUUGGAACUCUGUGAGAUCGCUUCCCGCAGAUUCCCAGGACCCAGAGUCUGAAGGCUGAGCCCAGAGGAAGCCGUUGACAGAGGUGACAGCACACGAUUGUGAAAUGUGCGCACAAGAUGCUUUUCAGACACAGAGAAGCCAACUGGUGGAGUUGCUGGUCUCGGGGUCCCUGGAGGGCUUUGAGAGCAUUCUGGACCAGCUGCUUUCCCGGGAAGUCCUCUCCUGGGAGGACUACGAGGGGCUCAGCCUCGUGGGCCAGCCCAUCUCCCACUUGGCCAGGCGCCUCCUGGACACCGUCUGGAAUAAGGGUGCUUGGGGCUGUGAGCAACUGACUGCAGCUGUGCGGGAGGCCCGGGCCGACAGCCAGCCCCCUGAGCUUCCCAGCUCCUGGGACCCCUGCUCACCCCACCCAGCCCGUGACCUGCAGAGUCACCGACCGGCCAUCGUCAGGAGACUCUACGGCCACGUGGAGGGUGUGCUGGGCCUGGCACAGCAGCAGGGUUUCAUCAACCAGUACGAAACUGAUGAAAUCAGGCGGCCCAUCUUCACGUCAACCCAGCGGGCAAGAAGGCUCCUUGAUCUCGCCACAGUGAAGGCGAAUGGGUUGGCUGCCUUUCUUCUACAGUGUAUUCAGGAAUUACCGGUCCCAUUGGCCCUGCCUUUUGAAGAUGCCGCCUGUAAGAAGUACAUGUCCAAGCUGAGGACCGUUAUAUCAGCUCAGUCUCGCUUCCUGAGCACCUAUGAUGGAGCCGAGACUCUUUGCUUGGAAGACGUGUAUACAGAGAAUGUUCUGGAAAUCCAGACGGAGGUGGGCGUGGCUGGACCUUCGCAGCAGAGCCCCACCACCCUAGGCCUGGAGGAGCUCUUCAGCACGUGUGACCAUUUCAACAAAGAGGCGGACACUGUGCUGGUGGUGGGCGAGGCGGGCAGCGGCAAGAGCACGCUCUUGCAACAGCUGCACCUGCUCUGGGCUUUGGGGCGGGCCUUCCAGGAAUUUCUCUUUGUCUUCCCGUUCAGCUGCCGGCAGCUGCAGUGCCUGGAGAAACCGCUGUGCGUGCGGACGCUGCUUUUUGAACACUGCUGUUGGCCCGACCUUGGCCCCCAGGACGUCUUCCAGUUCCUCCUUGACCACCCUGAACGCAUCCUCUUAACCUUCGACGGCUUUGAUGAGUUCAGGUUCAGGUUCACGGAUCGGGAGCGUCACUGCUGUCCGACCGCCCCCACGUCAGUCCAAAGUCUGCUCUUCAACCUUCUGCAGGGCAACCUGCUAAAGAACGCCCGCAAGGUGUUGACCAGCCGUCCAGGCGCGGUAUCCGCGAGCCUCCGAAAGCACGUGCGCAUCGAACUCAGCCUCAAGGGCUUCUCGGAAGAGGGCAUCGAACUGUACCUGAGGAAGCGGCAUCGCGAGCCUGGGGUGGCCGACCGCCUCCUCUGCCUGCUCAGAGCCACCUCGGCCCUGCACGGUCUGUGCCACCUGCCCGUCUUCUCCUGGAUGGUGUCCAAAUGCCACGAGGAACUGUUGCUGCAGGGCCAGGGGUCCCCAAAGACCACCACGGAUAUGUACCUGCUGAUCCUGGGGCACUUUCUGCUGCACGCCUCCCCCCAACCCUUAGCCACCCAUGGUCUGGGACCCAGCCUGAUUCAGGGCAGGCUCCCCACGCUCCUGCACCUCGGCCGCCUGGCUCUCUGGGGCCUGGGCACGUGCUGCUACGUGUUCUCAGCCAAACAACUGCAGGCGGCACAGGUCGACAGUGAGGACCUUUCUCUUGGCUUCCUGGUGCGCGCCAAGAGGGUUGUAUCCGGGAGUACGGCCCCCCUGGAAUUCCUGCAUAUCACCUUCCAGUGCUUUUUUGCUGCAUUCUACCUCGCCCUCAGUGCAGACACCCCGCCAUCCUCGCUCAGACAUCUCUUCCAAGGUCACAGGCCUGGAAGUUCGCCGCUGGCCAGGGUGCUGCCCAAAUUAUUCCUGCGGGGCUCGCGAUGCAAAGAGGGCAGUGUGGCCGCUUUGCUGCAGGGGGCCGAGUCACACAACCUCCAGAUCACAGGGGCCUUCCUGGCGGGGCUGUUGUCCCAGGAGCACUGGAGCUUGCUGGCCGAGUGCCAGGCCUCUGAGACGGCCCUGCUCCGGCGCCGGGACUGUGUCCAGCGGUGUCUGACCCGGAGCCUCCGCGAGCACUUCUGCUCCAUCCCACCCGCUGUGCCUGGUGAGGCCAAGAGCAUGCACGCCCUGCCCGGCUUCCUCUGGCUCAUCUGGAGCCUGUACGAGAUGCAGGAGGAGCGGCUGGCGCGGGAGGCCGCGCGCAGGCUGAACGUUGGGCACCUCAAGCUGACCUUCUGCAGUGUGGGCCCGGCCGAGUGUGCCGCCCUGGCCUUCGUGCUGCGCCACCUCCGGCGGCCUGUGGCCCUGCAGCUGGACCACAACUCUGUGGGCGACAUCGGCGUGGAGCAGCUGCUGCCUUGCCUGGGCGUCUGCAAAGCUCUUUACUUGCGAGAUAACAACAUCUCAGACCGAGGCAUCUGCAAGCUGGUUGAACAUGCUCUUCGCUGUGAGCAGCUGCAGAAGUUAGCUCUGUUCAACAACAAAUUGACCGACGGCUGUGCACACUCCAUGGCCAGGCUCCUUGCGUGCAAGCAGAACUUCUUGGCUUUGAGGCUGGGGAACAACCACAUCACAGCCGCGGGAGCCGAGGUGCUCGCCCAGGGGCUCAGAACUAACAACUCCUUGCAGUUUUUGGGGUUCUGGGGCAACCAGGUGGGUGACGAGGGGGCCCAGGCCUUGGCUGCAGCCUUGGGUGAUCACCAGAGCUUGAGGUGGCUCAGCCUGGUGGGGAACAACAUUGGCAGCGUGGGUGCUCAAGCCUUAGCAUUGAUGUUGGAAAAGAAUGUGGCCCUGGAAGAACUCUGCCUGGAGGAGAACCACGUCCAGGAUGAAGGUGUGUGUUUCCUCGCCAAAGGACUUGCAAGAAAUUCAAGUUUGAAAGUCCUGAAGCUGUCUAACAACCACAUCACCUCCCUUGGGGCAGAGGCCCUCGUGCAGGCCCUUGAAAAGAAUGACAGCAUUCGGGAAGUCUGGCUCCGAGGAAACACUUUCUCUCCGGAGGAAAUUGAGAAACUCAGCCACCGGGAUACCAGACUCUUGCUCUGAUGUCUCCGGGCCAGCGUUCAGCUCAGUGUGUUUAGGAGGAGGCCAUGGGUUUGGACCCCAGGAUGGGACGACAUCUGAGAACAGCCCACUCAGAUGGAACCUGGACCUGCCCAGGGCCAACCCAAUAGGUCACCUUUGUUCUCGCAGAGGAAAGCGCAUCCGUGCCCUGUGGAGUAGAUUUCACUGAAGCCCACCUUUGCCAUCAACUUCUUGCCAAGAUUCAAUCCUGGGAUGUUGAAGAGGGGCAGCCUGCCUGUACAGGAUGGGGCUGGUUUGAAGUCAAGCUGACAUGGGUCAGUGAGGCCCACGUAUGCCACCGAGUAUUUAUGGGUGUGGAGAGCUCCCCGUGAGGAGGGAUGUUCAGGAAGCAACUGUUCGCUUCGGUUCAGCUCAUGGUCGUGCAUCAGGUUGUUCUCUACGUCUGGUUCGUAGUGGACCCUACAUAUGGCAUUUCCUCUGUGGUUGAGAUUCAGAAUGUAGGCGUUCUCACCUUUGAUCUUAACUUAAUACCCUGGCCCUGCUCCCACCCUGCCAUCCCCCUCAACCCUCCCCCCAUCUGGGGUGGGAGGGGCUACAGCUUACCCUGUUCUCCUUCUAGAACUUAAGGCACUAUCAAAAGGGGACAGGUGACAUAUAUGUGUUCCUCAAGACAUUCUAGAGUUUCGAGAAAAAUAUGACUGCCCAACAAAUGGACUUUUAUUUCCAGUAUAAAUCAAUUACUCUUCAGUUAAACCUUUGGGAACAACUCCUUAUCCAAAUGCAACUUUUAAAAUUAACCUAGGCCAGAAUUUUGAACAGCCCCACCAGGUCUCCGAGGCCUGUGAACUGAACUCUGGCGGCAGACUUCCAAAAUAUAUUCAUAAGAGAUGGUUUGGUUUUGUUUGUGCCAGGCCGCUUUAGGAUAUAAAGUUAUAGAUCAAAAGUUUACAGGGCAAAAUCAAAGGCCUUUCCUUAUAAGGCAAAUGUUUUUCUCUGAAUUUUUCAGAAGCUUCUGUAAACUGUCAGGUGCUGUGCAAGUGUUAUUAUUUUCAACACUGUUAUUUCUGAAGAACUGGUUAAUAUUUAUAAACCACUUUGUUUUAUUCUCCCUAGUUCAUGAUUUUAUAAAAAAACAAAAAACAUGACCAUUAAUGUUUUGCUGUAAAUAAUCCCAGAGGAUAAAACUAUUGAGUCACCAAAGCUAUCUUCAUUGUGACCAAACACAAUGAAGUAUUUAAAAAUACUCUGACCAUUAUCACAUAUUAAAGCACAGUUUUCUCCUUGAAGGGAGGAGACAAGAUGUUUCAACCAGAUAAUUGAUUGCUUAAGGCACAAGCAGUGUUUAGAAAUAGCCUUGCAAUCAAAACACAUUUGGCUUCAGUUUAGAGAAGUCUAGCCCAGCAUGGAGUUUUAAGCUAUAGAGGAACCUCACAGUGUCCCAGCUGAAACACAAAUGUGAGAGAUGCAAGCAGGCCCCUGGGCCUCCCUCCAUCCUCUCCAAGUGUCUCCAGGGGAGAAGGAUGGAGAAGAUUGGGGAACAGUUCUCUGCAAGCAGCCUCGUGGGUAGGCCUUGGUGAAAUAAUUCUUAGCUGAAUUUAAUUAGCAAGGACUCAGGUGGCUGCUCAUCAAGGUGGAAUUGGCUUCCUUGAAUGGUUUCCUCUAUGUCUGGUUGGUUAAAUACUGUGGCAUCUCCCUGAGCCCCUCCCCAAUAAGAGCAUGCGUGUGGGUUCUCUUUGCUUGUUUGAAUUUUUUUUAUUGAGGUAUGGUUGAUUUACAGCAUUGUGUUAAUUUCUAUACAGCCGAAUGAUUCCGUUAUACAUAUUGUACUACUCUUUUUCCAUUAUGGUUUUUCACAGGAUAAACUAUUAAUAGUUCCUUGUGCUAUACAUUAGGACUUUGUUAUUUAUCCAUUCAAUAUAUAAUAGCUUACAUUUGCUAACCUCAGUCUCUUACUCCAUCCCUGCCCCACCCUCUGCCCCCUUGGCAACCACAAGUCUGGUCUCUGUGUCCUUGAGUCUGUUUAUGUUUUGUAGAUAUGUUCAUUUGCGUUAUAUUCUGGAUUCCAUUAAUAAGUGAUAUCAUAUGGUAUUUGUCUUUCUCUUUCUGAUUUACUAUAAUUUCUAGGUCCAUCCAUGUUGCUGCAAAUGGCAUUAUUUCGUUCUUUUUUAUGGCUAAUAUUCCACUGUGUAUAUAUAUCACAUUUUCUUUAUCCAUUCACCUGUCAACGGACAUUGAGGUUGUCUUGGCUAUUGUAAACGGUGCUAUAGAGCUGCUAUAGAAACCCAUAGAAAUGAGUUCCCUUUGUUGGUGGCAUCAGGUUUUGCUCAGACCUUUCUUUCAAAUAGAGAAGAUCAGGAGGAAGAUGGAAGAGGCCGCUUUCUCAGAGAAUUAGACAGAGCAGCCCGUUUGCAUGUCACCAUCUUGGAUUACAAAUUCAUCUGAACAAAACAGACAGACACCAUGCCCAUCCUCUAGGCACUGAUGGGGAGGGGAAAAGGAGAGGCAGGCAUAAAACAAAUAAGCUGAAAAAUAUAUAAAAUAAGGUCUACUGUGGCAUGUGCUAGGAAGGAGGUUCAGGAUAGAGGGAACCCUUCAGAUUGGGGGUUGGUCAGAGACAGGUCCUGUGAGGAGGUGACAGGCCUCCAAAUAAGAAGAAACCGGCUAUGCAAAGGGGGAAGGGGUCAGGGGGAGCAUUCCAGUCACAGGGAGCUAGCUGUACAAAGAUCCUGUCAUGGGAGAGAGCUUGCUGUGUGGUAGGCUGAAUAAUGCCCCUCCCCCACAAUAGCCAGGUUCUAAUCCCUGGAACCUGAAAAUGUUGCUUUAUGUGGCAAAGGAACUUAAAAAAUGUCAUUAAGUUACAGACCUUGAGAUAGGGAGAUUACCUUAGAUUAUCUGGGUAGACCCUAAAUGCAACCACAAGUGUCUUCAUAUGACACACAAAGGCAGACGACCCAGAGAAGGCAAGGUGACCACUGAAGUAAGAUGCUAUACUGCUGGCUUUGAAGAUGGAGGAAAGGGCCUCGUGGGCCAAGGAUUGCAGCUUGAGAGAAAAGACAAGAGUGAGUGAGUGAAAGUGUUAGUCAUUCAGGCAUGUCCAACUCUUUGCGACCCCAUGGACGGUAGCCAGCCAGGCUCCUCUGUCCAUGGAAUUCUGCAAGCAAGAAUACUGGAGUGGGUGGCCGUUCCCUUCUCCAGGGGAUCUUCCCUACCCAGGGAUCGAACCUGUGUCUCCUGCUUCGCAGGCAGAUUCUUUACCAUCCAAGCCACCAGGGAAGUCCCUAAGAAAAGACAAGGACACAAAUUUCCCCCCAGAACCUCUGAAGAGAG